GCAGAUGCCAAAAUUCUUCGAUAAACUGGCUGCGCCCGCCCCCUCCAGAGUUCCCUUCACUUUUGAUUCUUUCCCUUCUUCCACCAACUAGGUCCUUCCACGCAGCAAAAGUUUUGACCCUUUCCCGUUUGCUACCUGCCAGACAGCCGAGAUGGAGAAAUUGAGAACUUGGCCUGGCUUGCCCGAUUCAACAUGGCGCAGCCUGUUUCUGUUUUUGUCUCCGUUUCUCCAGCAAGGGGCGCAUCGAGCUACUGGGCAGAUAAAAGUUUAUGGCGAGCUACCUGUGCACUCAUUCCGUCUUGCAAAGUCUUGGGGCUAGUGCGAUUCAUCUCAUGCUGUUGAUGGCGUGGACUCGAAAAUCCGAUAGAAGAACAAUCUGAGAUCAGUCUCUUGCUUCAAUUGCAUCCAUCCGACGCACUCGUGUAUCGAUACAAGGCUUCACUUUUGAGCGCACGUCUUUUCCCAGGCCACACCCUCCAAAAUGACAAGCUCGCAGGCCGACACACCACUCCGAAGAUUGAGCCGAGAGGACUAUGCCAGCCCGCAGAAGCCACCCGAUGCGAUUGUUCCCUGUGAACCGGAGUUGUCGAAGGAAAGUGAUGCCUCUCUCACAGACAAGGUCGAAGUCGAAGGAGACGGGGGUGGCACUGGCAGCGAUACAGAAGUCAGCGCACCGGCUGAGAAUGACACGGUUUCGUAUCCCAGCGGCGCUACCCUUGCGGUCGUCGUCGUCGCCUUAGCGCUGAGCGUGUUUCUAUCCGCGCUCGACAUUGCCAUCGUCGCGACGGCAAUCCCCAAGAUCACGGACGAGUUCCGCGGGCUCGACAAGACAUCGUGGUACGGGGCAGCCUUCUUCCUGACGUCGGGGAGCUUCCAGGCGUCGUGGGGCAAGGCGUACAAGUACUUCGAUUUGAAGCAUACCUUCCUAGCCGCCAUCGCCCUCUUCGAGCUCGGCAGCCUGCUAUGCGGCGCUGCUCCCAACGCCAACACGCUGAUAGCCGGCCGCGCCGUGGCCGGUAUCGGUUGCGCCGGCAUGUCCACGGGCGGCUACGUGAUCAUUGCGGUGGUCGUUGAGCCGAGGAGAAGACCUUCGUACACGGGCAUCAUUGGGUUCGCGUACUGCUUUGCCUCGGUGGUCGGCCCGCUCGUCGGCGGCGCCAUCACGAGCACGACGACGUGGAGGUGGUGCUUUUACAUCAACCUGCCCAUCGGUGCAGUCACCGUCCUGAUCAUCCUGCUCUUCUUCCGCACUCCGCCCGCCGCGAAACCGGUCCCCGCGAGCUGGAGGGAGAAGAUCCUGCAGGCCGACCCUGUCGGGGUGGGCCUCGUCAUGGCGGCACUGGUCUGUUACAGCUUGGCCAUGCAGUACGGCGGCCAGUCCAAGGCGUGGAACAGCAGCGAAGUCAUAGGCCUGCUCGUGGGCUUCGUCCUCAUCGCCACCGUCUUCGCCGCGUGGGAGCGGUACUCGGGCGAACGAGCAACGUUGCCCAUGCGCCUGCUCGGGCAGCGCCACGUCUAUCUCGGCAGCGCCUAUGCUUCUCUGUUCGCUGGUUCUUAUUACCUCGUGAUUUACUAUCUGCCCAUCUACUUUCAGAGCGUCGGGGGCGCAAGCCCCAUCAUGUCCGGCGUGGACAUUCUACCUCUGAUCCUGGCAGCCACCGUGGCUGUCGUCUCGUCCGGAAUCUUCAUCACCAAGACGGGUCAUGCCAUCCCCCUCCAGGUGUGUAGCGCCGUCACCGCGUGCAUCGGCUCUGGCCUGCUUUACACACUCGGGGUCACCACAUCUCUGGACAAACGCCUCGGGUACCAGAUCAUCGGAGCCAUUGGCUGGGGAGCCGGGUUUCAGAUACCGGCCAUCACCUGCCAGGCGCUCGCCGAGCCCGAAGACAUCGCCUCUGUGACCGCCGUCGUCCUAUUCUUCCUCAACAUCGGCAGCGGCAUCCUUCUUAGCGCAGCAGAGUCCGCCUUCGCAAACACGCUGGUCGCGUCGCUGCCCGCAAUGGCUCCGGGCGUCGAUCCCGCCGCAGUGCUGCAUACGGGUGCCACGGAGCUACGGUCUCACUUCCCCGAAGAUAAGAUGAGGGGGAUUCUGGAGGCGUAUAUGGCCGGGAUCAAAGUUGCCUUCGCGCUGGCAAUCACUGCGAGCGGUCUUGCGCUCGUGAUCGCCGUGCUGACAGGCGUCCUCGGCCGCUGGAGGCGCCUGGACCCCGAAGCCGCCAAAGCCGCGGCAGUACCUGGUUAAUGAGUCAGUGACAUGGUACGCGAUGUACUGGGGUAAAUGUUGUGAGGGGUAGAGAUACGGAUAGUCAUAGAGCGCAAGUGGGAAGAAAACUGAGGGAAUGAGAAUCAUGGUUACCGUACGUAUCAGGGGCUGAGUGACAGCGUAUUACGUAUAGAGAAUGCAGGGUUACUUACCGAGGUAUUGUACACUAAUCCGUACCUUACCUAUGAAUUCGCCAAUUCUGGUAAGGCGGGUUUAGCCUAGUACGGUAUGAUACGAUGGUGUACUACAUGUAUUUCAGUGCUCCCGUCGGCUAUGUCGG